CGCAGGGAAAAAUGGAAAACGAAUACAGGAGGAAGAUGAAAGAAAAACUUGGCCUGAGGCGAGACAUCUUUAAGGAGUUCCUGGCGGAGUUUCUGGGGAUAUUUUUCCUGAUAGUGAGUACCUCCCUCUGCACCUGUCAUCCAGCUUAAAUAGACGCUUUAAAGCUGCGAGCCAGCAGCCUAUGCUAAUAAGGUGUCAAACCGGGUCUCCAGGGACUGUAACUGCUGUCUGUCAUGAGUCUAUUAACAGACUGUAUAUCUUGAAAAUAACAGACUUUGUCUUUCAUGUGCUCAGCUUUGAUUUGCUGCUGACAGACUGUAAAAAAUCACAACAAAAUGUGUCUGAUUUAGGGAAUGUUUAUCUUUAGACAGGCGAAGGCAUCCCUCUCUACAAAUUUUGAAAAUUUGCAAAUAUGUUAUUUCAUCAUAAUCCUUAUGUCACAUGGGGAAAAAAGAUAAACAUGGAAUUAAAUUAUAGCAAGAAUAAGAAAUGUGUUUAUUUCCCGCCCUGGUGUUUUCAUUCAUUCAAACAGUGGCCUGCUUUACAGUUAUGUUCUUCUAUCCACCUGUCCACCCCGAGCUCCACCUGUCACCUCCAAAGCCUGUGACACAGCGUCAACAGCAGCCUUUUUUAUUUGCCUUUAAAUCAACCACACCCUUUACCUAAUUAAGUGGGGGACUCAUUAUUGUUUCCAGCUACAAAUUGUACAAAUUGCUGCAGAUGGUGGACAAGAGGGCUAGUAUUAAUGCUCUUUGGAUGCGGUUCGGUAGCCCAGAUGGUCCUGAGCAGAGCAGGUCCUGGUGACAUACUGAGCGUCCACAUUGGUUUCACUCUUGGAGUCAUGAUGGCCGUCUAUAUUGCAGGGGGAGUGUCAGGAGCCCACGUGAACCCGGCAGUCUCUCUGGCCAUGCUGAUCCUGGGGAAGCUGCCUCUAAAGAAGUUCCCCAUAUACGUGGCAGCACAGUUCCUGGGGGCUUUUGCUGGAUCAUGUGCCGUCUAUGGAUUGUAUUAUGAUGCUUUGAUGGACUUUACCAAAGGAGAAUUUAUUGUUACAGGUGAAAAUGCCACAGCCACCAUAUUUGCAAGUUAUCCUGCAAAACAUCUGUCUGUCCUAAACGGGCUUGGUGAUCAGGUAAUUGCAACCGCUGCACUGGUCAUAUGCAUCCUGGCUAUCACUGACAGGAAGAAUAUUGGCGCUCCAAAGGGCAUGGAGCCUCUGUGCAUUGGCCUGAUCAUCGCGGCCAUUGGAGUGUCCAUGAAUCUGAACUGUGGCUAUCCAAUCAACCCGGCUCGAGACCUCGGCCCCCGUGUCUUCACGGCUUUGGCCGGAUGGGGCAUGGAAGUUUUCAGAGCUGGAGGCUGCUGGUGGUGGAUUCCUGUGGUAGGGCCCAUGGUGGGUGGCGCAGUUGGAGCAGGUGUUUACCUUAUCUUCAUUGAGCUGCACCACCCUGAACCUGAAAAACAAGAGGAGAACAAUGUCCAGGACAAAUAUGAGAUCGUAACUAUGACUUAAUACAAAAAAAACAGGUGUUAGCAAGAAAACUGAAAUCUAUUUCCACUCUAAAAAAUAUCUGAGUACAUUUACAGUGAAUAGUUGCAUGAAGCAUGUACGUGAAUGGAAAAUUUUAUAGUCAUUUAUUUAUAUACACAUGAAUAUUUUAUGAAGCCUUUAAAGUCUCUUUUUUUAAAAAGUCUAUACGACUUCAGGUAUCAGGGUUUAUCUUCCAGGGGCUCUUUUAUAUAUCAAAUUUGACUAAAAUAAUAUAUCAACUAUACAAAAAAUAUAUUCUCUUUACUAUCAUAAUAAUAUAACCUUAUAUAAAGCGUUUCUUCUGCAUUAAUCAGUAGCUAUGCAGUAUUUUUAAUUUCCUAUUUCCUAACUGGGACCAUCUUAUCCUGUUAGAAAUAUUUGCCAAGUUUCUGAACAUUAUUGUUUUUUUAUGUGCUUCUGUCAAACAAGUGGGCAUUAAAUAUACAGCAUGUAUUUGAAAACUGUUGAAAGGUAGCAAUCUAUGAUAUGUUUAGGUAGCAGCAUUAAUUGGUAUGGUGGAGUGUCUUCUCUCUGUGUCACACCAUCCUUUGUGCGCAUGUAAAAAUGUACGAUUGCUGGAUCUUGCCGUUGUGGUUUUGUUUUUUUAAUGUGUAUAUGUAGAAAGUCGAGCCUUAAAAUGACGAUACUGGUAUAAGUUUAUAUUUUCAUUUAUGUAUGCUCACAUAAACGUUUCUUUUCUGCAAAGAAUGUAGCAUAUGUCACUGAAUUCCUUCAUGUUCUUUGUAGCGGUAGUGUCACUGUAUCACAGGCAGUAUGCAAACACUGACUGUAACUGUUUACAUUAAAUCCUUCUCGCAGCUAAUGUGGGAAAUGUGUAAUAAAGGCUGAAAAUUCCCUCCAAAGCACACAAUCAUUGAGCCUCUUGAUUCAGGUUAGUUCUUGAUCUUUUGAGAAUAUCUUAUCUGCACUAUUUUUGUUAUUUACCCUUGAUAUGUAUUUGUUUAAGACAUGAUUUGAAAUGUCCAAUUUUGCCCGAUCUUGCAGCCUUGAAGAAUCCUAUUUACAUCUUCAUAUACUCUAAAACAGGGGUGUCAAACAUGAGGUCCGGGGGCCAGAAUCAGCCCAGCAAGCAAAGAAAGGAGACAGGUUUCAUUUUCACUAAUCUGGCCUACAUAAGAUCAACGUGGGCUGCAUGUUGCCCACCAUGUAUAAUGAGUUUGACAUGCCUCUUCUAUAUGUGAAUCACUGCUAAGAUGGGCUGAGCUCUAUCUGCAGUAAAGGAAAAAAAACAGCCAGACAAAAAAAAAACCAAAUAAAUUAAACCAAUCACAUCACCUGUUUGGUCUUUAUAAGGCUGUUUUUCAGCAUAAUGACGUUAAACACAGCCUUGAAGAUUGGAUCACUCAGAGCAGGCACUGCUGUCAGAAAACAGGAAGCAUAUAACCUCUGCUAAUGUGUGGAUGCUGAUAUUGGCUGUCAGUUGAAGAAAAUAGCCGUUCUUACAUAAUUACUGUGCUGAGUGUCAUUUUACAGCAACACGGUGGUUUGGCGAUAUGAAAGCACUCAAAGCACUUAAAAGUUGUUUGUUUUGUGUUGUGAAACAGGAAAUAAUGAUGUUUGGCUGUGCACCGUGCAUGAACUGGUCCAUUAAACUCUCCACAGUUAACUGUAUGUAUUCAACUGUUCAUUAGUCAAAUUACUUAUAUUUCAUUUUUUAUUUUUCUAAUACUUCUAUGUUUGAGCUGUUUGAAGUCACAUUUUGAUGCAUUUAUCUGUAAUAUGUCUUCUCUCUUUUCUUUCUUCUUCAGCACAUGUCACUGUAUCUUAAUAUGAAGUAAACUGAUAAGCAUUUAAAAU